GGCCGGCGCGGGCCGGUAAUCCUGAGCGGGCUGCGGGGCCGCCACCCUCCGUCCACCCCAGCCCAGCCUGACCUGCGCGGCCGGCCUGGCAUGUCCCCUCGGCGCCCUGUCCGACCACAGCCAACCUCCGCGCAGAGACGGGGCCCGGACGCUGGGUGUCCAUAAGAAUGGAAGCAGUGUUUCCCUGCCAGAUUCCUUAUUGCUUUAUCUCAUGAACCUACAUAAUCUUGGGGAUAAGCCUGUAUUUCAUGAUGAUGAACCUGUCACCAGUAUAGCAACAACAGUGUGAGGACAAAAACAAAUAAACAUACAGAAGCGUUCAAAUUUAUAUUCAACAAGGAAGUCAUUUUAAUCAACAAUUUCUGCUGCCUUAGUUUUCCAAGAUGAAUCGGUACACAACCAUGAGGCAGCUGGGGGACGGCACCUAUGGGAGUGUGCUUAUGGGCAAGAACAACGAAUCCGGGGAGCUGGUGGCCAUCAAAAGGAUGAAGAGAAAGUUCUAUUCUUGGGAUGAAUGUAUGAACUUAAGAGAAGUUAAGUCUCUGAAAAAGCUUAACCAUGCCAAUGUGAUUAAACUGAAAGAAGUUAUCAGAGAAAAUGACCAUCUUUAUUUUAUAUUCGAAUACAUGAAGGAAAACCUCUAUCAGUUAAUGAAAGAUAGAAAUAAGUUUUUCCCUGAGUCAGUCAUCAGAAAUAUUAUGUAUCAAAUAUUGCAAGGCCUGGCUUUUAUCCAUAAACAUGGCUUUUUUCAUAGGGACAUGAAACCAGAAAACUUGCUUUGUAUGGGUCCAGAACUUGUGAAAAUUGCUGAUUUUGGACUUGCAAGAGAAUUAAGGUCACAACCACCAUAUACUGAUUAUGUCUCUACCAGAUGGUAUCGUGCUCCUGAAGUUUUAUUAAGAUCUUCAGUUUAUAGCUCUCCCAUUGAUAUGUGGGCUGUUGGAAGUAUAAUGGCUGAAUUAUAUACAUUAAGGCCACUUUUCCCAGGGACAAGUGAGGUUGAUGAAAUCUUUAAGAUUUGCCAAGUUUUAGGGACUCCCAAAAAAAGUGACUGGCCAGAAGGAUACCAGCUUGCCUCCUCUAUGAAUUUCCGCUUUCCCCAGUGUGUUCCUAUAAACUUAAAAACUCUUAUUCCAAAUGCCAGUAAUGAAGCUAUUCAGCUUAUGACUGAAAUGUUGAAUUGGGAUCCAAAGAAACGACCAACAGCAAGCCAGGCAUUGAAACAUCCAUAUUUUCAAGUUGGUCAGGUAUUAGGCCCUUCCUCAAAUCAUCUGGAAUCAAAACAGGCUUUACACAAGCAGCUGCAACCAAUAGAACUGAAGCCAUCUUUAGUUGAACUAGAACCUAAGCCUCUGCCAGAUAUAAUUGAUCAGACUGUCGGACAGCCUCAGCCAAAAACCAGCCACCAACCGCUGCAGCCCAUUCAGCCACCACAGAACGUGAGUGUCCAGCAACCUCCACAGCAACAGAAUCAGCAGAAACCACCACUAUUUCCAAGUAUCAUCAAAAACAUGCCAUGUAAGCCAAACAGCCAUAAAAAUGCAAGGAGGCGCUGGGGCCAGGCUGUCUUCAAGUCUGGAGACAGCUGGGAGGAGUUUGAGGACCAUGAUUUUGGAGCCUCCCAUUCCAAGAAGCCAAGCAUGGGCAUUUUCAAAGAUAAGAGGAAAAAAGAUACUCCAUUUUGGCUUCCUGAGUCAGUACCCUCAGGCUCCAACCACUCCCUAGGGGAAAGCAAGAACUUACCUGCUCCUAUUUCUCUAAAAUCUGAUUCUGAAUUGUCAACUGCUUCAACAGCUAAACAGUACUACUUGAAACAAUCAAGAUACCUUCCAGGUGUAAAUCCCAAGAACGUGUCCUUGAUAGCCAGUGGAAGAAAGGAGAUAAACCCACACACUUGGAGAACUCAGUUAUUUCCUAAGUCAUUGGGACCCACUCGGACAGAACUUGCUUUCAAAAGGAGUAAUGCAGAAGAAAGCAUAAUUAAACCAAUCGAAAAACUAUCAUGCAAUGAAAGUUUUCCUGAAAACUUAGAGGACUCACAAGGAAAGCUUGGAAGUUAUGCUACUCACAAUCAGCCAGGAUAUGUUCCUUCCUUUCUUAAAAAAGAAGUGGGGUCAGCUGGCCAGAGGAUCCACCUGGCACCUCUUGGCGCAGCAGCUUCAGAAUAUACCUGGAACACAAAAGCUGGUCAGGGGCAGUUUUCAGGACCUACUUACCAUCCUACAGCAAAGAACCUAAAUAUCAUGAACCGAGCACAGCCAGUUCCCUCAGUGCAUGGGAGGACAGACUGGGUGGCCAAGUACGGGGGCCACCGGUAGGACUCCUCGGUGUGAAGUCCUGCAGCAUUGCUCCAUAGAGCGCGUGCAAGUUCACUGGCCCUGGGAAAUGUCUACAGAUGUCUAUUUCUACUGAGUUCUGGAAGAAAUAUGCAAUAGUGGGUACUUGGAAGACCAAAAAUCAUCUCCUAUUUCUUUCUGAGAAAUGAAAUGCAUUUUCUUGGCAUCAUUGUUCACAGUGCUGAUAUAUGAGUAGGGCUUUACAAAGUAUUGAAUAAACUAUUUGCCAAAGUAUCAGGUAUUUGAUCUAUAAAUUAAUAGAUAGUAAGUACAGAAGAAACUUUUUUUAAAAAGUCUCCAGAAAGUGUUUACAGUGAUAUAGUUUUCAUUUGUUGUAUAUUUGCCUAAAUGAUUUUACAUGUCGUCCGAGUUUGCAGUGAUUGGCCUGAGAAGUUUGUUUUUUGUUGUGUUUUUUCACGGCAACUAGGCCGACCUCUGUGGGCUGUCUGCUGUGGUUCUUAAUUGGCAAAGGCUCUGCUCUGCCACUUCGGCAGUGACAGAAAGACUGCAAUCAUCAUUUGUUGUCUACUUUGAAGCUGUGGGAGCAAUGGUAAUGCCGAUCUUGAGCUGGAUGUCUUUCUUAGAAAUGAAUUUAUCUUUAACAUAGAGAAUAUCCAAAUUAUGCCACCUGAUUUAUGUGGAGAAAGAGUCUGUCUGUUCUUGUCCAACACAACUGCACUGUAUUCAUGGUGACUAUCAAACACAAAGGCUUGAUGGCUUCCAUAUUAACCAAGUCAGGGUUUUCUCCUCUUCACAUCAAGUUGGUUCUUAAAACUGCAUUUAAUGUUUGUUCAUCAGACUUCCAAAAUAUGUUGUUUGUGUUUGUAAAGGACACAAA